CCGCCUCAUAUCCCCGGUGCCUCCUAUCAGUCUCCCCGGCUCCUGUAGUAUUAUUUUCCCAGCCCACUAGUUCAGGACUCGCCCCGGUUACCGUACACUGACCGCAGCACUACAGGGAGGCGCCAUAGCGGACACUUCUGUGGGCGGGGCCUAAUAGCGCUCGGGAAGUGAUGCGCUACAAUGUAAUGCGCCUAACAGCGACCCAAAUAAGGCGAGAGCGCUGUGCUGGCCGGGGCUCUGAAGGAGGCAGCAGCACAGAGUUCACAUUUUAGUUGCUGAUAUGUGACAUGAAUAAGGACUUGUGAGCAGCUGCGUUCUCUGGGUCCUUCUGACAGAAGAUACAAGGAAUUUCAAUCUAACAAGGUCACUACCCAGGCUUCACAAUGUUUGAUGGGGACUAUGACUACCUCAUAAAGUUUUUAGCAUUGGGAGACUCUGGUGUUGGAAAAACCAGCUUUCUUUACCAAUAUACAGAUGGAAAAUUUAAUUCUAAGUUCAUUACAACAGUAGGCAUUGACUUCCGGGAAAAAAGAGUGGUAUAUCAUUCAAAUGGUCCUGAUGGAAUUGCUGGCAGAGGUCAGAGAGUCCACCUGCAGUUAUGGGACACAGCGGGUCAGGAAAGGUUUCGUAGUCUCACGACCGCCUUCUUCAGGGAUGCAAUGGGAUUCCUUUUACUUUUCGACUUAACAAAUGAACAGAGCUUCCUGAAUGUCAGGAACUGGAUAAGCCAGCUGCAAAUCCAUGCAUAUUGUGAAAACCCAGACAUUGUGAUGUGUGGAAAUAAAAGUGAUCUCGAGGAUCAGAGAGCUGUUAAGGAAGAAGAGGCAAAGGAAUUUGCUGAGAAAUAUGGAAUACCCUAUUUUGAGACAAGUGCUGCAGAGGGAACAAACGUGAAUAAAGCAGUGGAGACAUUACUGGAUCUGAUCAUGAAGCGGAUGGAACGGUGUGUGGACAAGUCUUGGAUACCUCAAGGGGUGGUCCGGUCCAAUGGCCAUAGCUCUACUGAGCAGUUAAAUGAGGACAAAGACAAAGGCAAAUGUGGAUGCUGAGACCACCCCUAAAAUAAACCUGUAAUGACACCUCUUAGUGCUGAUGGAGUUUUGUGGUCAUGAUAUCUUAAUAUACGUUUUGUAGUCAUUACUUCAGAACUUGGUACAACAUUCCCAAAUAUCCAGGAGCAUUACUGCUUCAUUUUCCUGCUAAAGCAUGUGCUAUAUACAUGAGUUUUUUUACCUACAUGUCUGCUGCUCUUGGCCAUGUAUUCCAUGUGCAGUAUUGCUGACCUGUAUGUUGAGGCUCUCCAGUGAUACUUAUACCGCCCUUCUUAUGUAUGUGUGCACAGCUAAUAAUGCAAAAAUUAUAUAUAUACGAUUUCUUAUGUUUCUACAGGAAUUUAGGGCAGAAUAAAAACCAGCAAAAAUUCUUCAGGGCUGUUGCUAAGCGAUGACAUUGUUUGUGCCAUAUUUGCAUUUUGGGACCCUUUAGGACAGAGACAGUUCCACAUUGGUCCUGGUGAGAAAUGCUGACACAAUGUUCUAAGAGGCCAAAAUAAUACAAAGGCUGGGUUGGAAAUGGUGCACUGAAUUGAUAUUUUACUAUACCUUCACUACUCCUGUGGUGGUCACUUGGCUGGGGGCUAUUUUCUUUUCUUUUCUUCAUACUAAUUGGUGAUAAGAUAAUUUUAAUAUCCAUUGAAUUUCCCCUUUUGUCCGUCAUUUUGUAAACUUAAAUAGAUGCACAGAAUUACUUUAUUCAAGAUGCCAAAAGAUCAUGUAAAUUUUACCCAUUUGUAACAUUUGCUUAGUACAAACUGAAGUUUUAUGUAUUAAUGGUGAAUGAGUCAGUAAUACUGUUCAUAGAUGUAAUCUGGCAUUAUAAUAGAUUAAGUUUUAAAACACUUUCUACAUCUCCAGUUUAAUAAAAUGCCAUGUACACUUUUAUAUAUCAAUGUCACUAUUAAUCCAAGGAUAUCUUGCUUCUUAUUCAUAGGAUUGUAAGGACUGAUUAAAUCCUGUGUACUGGCCUUACAAAAAACAUUGUUAUAAAAUACUUGCAAUGAAUUUUAGCUGUCGCCAGUCAUAGCCGAAUGAAGCCAUUUAUUACCUGUACGCCAUGACAUCUACAAUCAUACUUAUUCACUGCCCCUUUUUACACAGGGGUGGGAUGUGUGUAUUCUUAAUCAUGGCAACUAUGUGGAUAACUUUCUACCUUAAACAUUUAACAGUCAAACAUAUUUAGAAUACACUCCUCAAAUCCUUCACUUUGCUUAAAAGGUACUUCUCGUUUUAAAAAGUUUCUUGGCUGAAAUUAUUGGGUCCUUUUAUUUCUACUUCACUCAGUUAAAUAAUUCACAAAACAGAAUUGGUGGAAGUCCCAUAGACUUGCACUGCAAUGCAAAUCUUUGGGAGUCACGGCAAUUUUAUACAACACUUGUUUUAGCUGAGUGUGUAUUAAAGGACUCGUGCAAAUUUUUACAAUGAGAGGUACCCUUAAUGUUUUAAGGUUUAUUUUAGUUUUUUUUUUUGUUUUUUACACUUUGGAGAAGCAGAUGUGAAUGGUACCAAAUGGGACUGCUAUUAGUGUGGGAAAGUUAAUUGUUUUGUAGGGUUGUUUUAGUUUUUUAAGACCCAAAGCUUUUAGAUAUGCCAGUCAGGUGUUGCUCCUAAAAGUAAAGAUGAGUGGAUAUGUACUGUACAUGUAAACACGGCGUUAUAAAUAUAUCAGUAUUCUCUGCAUGUCAGAGUAAACUGCAUACAUGACACUAGUUUUCAGACUUAUUUAUUAAUCUUUAGAUCUUAACAUUUAGGUAGAAUUCCCUGCUUCAUUGGAUAUUGUUUGGACCUUAUGUUCCCUAGCUAUAGUUACAGUAGUAUACCUGUUUCUACCAUGUUUUUCCGAAAAUAAGUCACCAAAAACACCCUAGGGCUUAUUUAUUUACAUGUGAUGGGUGCAGCUCUGCCCCCCAACACCCCCCCCCCGCCGCUGUAUCAGCCCAGCGCUGCACCCCACAUCGGGGGGCUAAUCGUACCGUAUGUCACCCGCGAGCGCUGCUUCUCUUCCCCCCCUGCCAAAUAAUUAUCAGCCUCUGCGCUGUACUUGUAAAGUAGCUUGAGCAUGAAGGGCCCACAUAUACACCUGAAUGUUUUUUAUGUAGCACACACCUCGAUACUUCUAAACACUGGCCAAUACCUUUGCGCCAAAAGAGCAGUUAAGUAUUCCUGUACCCGG